AUGGUUGCAGCAGCUCCCCACGAGACCUUCUACGCCUUAGAGACUGCCAUCUCUGCGGACCUCAGCAAGGCCUCAGCAGACACGGAGCAGCAGCCUGCUGCUGCUGCUGCUGCUGCUGUCACUUGGGGGGCCAAAAGAGGCACUGCAGCUCCUUUAGAGCUGCUGAAAAUGCUGAGGAGACAGGCGCUGCGCCUGGCGCCCCUUGCAGGUCCUUUUGCUGCUGCUUGCCGGCUGCUGCAGUCUCCGGAGCAGCAGCUGCAGCGGCAGCUGCUGCAGCCGCUGCUGCAGCUGCUGACAGACCAUGUGGGGGACAGCAGCGAAAAAACAGACUUGCAGCUGGCGCAGGUGCUGUCUCCUGCUGCUGCAGCACGCUGGAGGGAUGUGUGGACAGCAGCAGCAGCAGCAGCAAUUUUUAGCGGCCGAGACUUUUUCUUAGGGGAGCAGAUCGAUCCCGCGCUGCAGGAGCUGGGGGCCCAAAUGAUGAAGCUGUUGCAGGAGGCCCUCUCCACCCAUUCGUGGCGCGAUGCCGCAGCAGCAGCAGCAGCAGCAGCAGCAGGAGCAGAAGCAGCAGCAGCAGCAGCGGGCACAGGCGCAGAAGAGGCAGCACCGGCGGCAAGAGCAGCACAAGGGCCAGCAGCAGCAGCAGCAGCAGCAGGGGCAGCAGCAGGACCAGCAGGAGCAGUAAUGAGAACAGCAGCAGAGGCGCUGCUGCUGCUGCCAGUAAGAGACUCUCUGGGCAUUCUUCGAAAGCUCUCCGCAGCAGCAGCAGACUUCAGAAAAGGAAAGCGACAGGGAAAUUUGCGGCUCUCUGAAGUCUCUCCUUGGCUCGCUAACUUCUCUUGGCAGCAGCAGAAUAUUUCGUUUUUGGCCCCAUUUAGUAAUUUGCCUUCUUUUGAAGUUGCUGCUGCUGCUGCAGCUGAGGGGCCCCUGCUGUUGCCACUGCCCUGCGGGCCCUCUGCGCCCUUCAGCCCCACAGAGGGGCCCCCCUAUGUGGUGUCCUUUGGGGAAAACGUUACUGUUAUCCCCUCGAAGGAAGCCCCGCUUCGCCUGCGUCUCUGCAGCAGCAGCGGCUGCUGGGGCUCUUUGCUGCUGAAGGCAGAUGACCUUCGGUCGGACCAGAGCAUGCAAACCCUCCGCCGCAUCUUGAACCACCUCGGGCCGUGGGAUCGGGGAUCGAACUCCCCUGGGAUCGCCUCUGGGAUCGCCUCUGGGAUCGCUUCUGGGAUCGCUUUUAGUUUGCGUUCUUACGGAGUGCUGCCGCUUUCGGAGAGCCAGGGCCUCGUGGAGUGGAUAGACACCGCAAGUCCUUUUGCUGCUGUUUGUGGGGCCCUUUCGGGGGCCCCCCUGGGGGCCUCCCUGGCUAGCCAGCGCUAUGGGGCCUUCCUGGCUGACAUGGCAGCAGCAGCAGCAGCAGCAGCAGCACGAGGCCCGCAGCAGCAGCAAGUCGGUGUUGCAGAGGUCUGGGAACAGAUCCUGCAGCUGCCAGCAGCAGCAGUCGAGAAAGUCUACACCGAGUGCGUCUGGCUAGCAGCCUUGCCCCCAUCCGCAGCAGCAGCCCCCACCAACAGCAGCAGCAGCAGCAGCAGCAGCAACACCACCACCACCACUACCACUAGCGUCGCUGGAGCUGCACCUUGCAGGCCCCCCUUGGGCCUUCCCCCCACGGGGGGCCCCCCCAUGGGGCCCCCUCCGCUGGGGGCCCCCCUAGGGGCCCCCCCCUCAGGGGCCCCCCCCCUGGGGGCCCCUCCCCUGGGGGCCCCCCCGCUGGGGGCCCCCAUGGGGGCCCCCCUGUUAGACUGUUUGCUGCUGGUUUUGACGAGUGUGAGUGGGGACAGCGAAAGUUUGUGGCGAAAUUGUCAGAAGUUUGGAAAGUCAUUUUGCUGCUGCGCUGCUGCUGGGUAUUUGCUGGGAGUUGGCGACCGGCAUUUGGGGAAUUGUUUGUUGGACUUUACUAAUGGGGAGUGUGUGGACAUAGACUUUGGCUACUCGUUCGACUUUGCUGUCUCCGAACUGCCAGUCCCUGAACUGUCUCCUUUCCGGCUGUCUCCUUCAAUGCUGCGAGUUGUGGGGCCCCCGGGCGCCAGCCACUACCCCUUGCUGCUGUCUCCCUUCUUCACCAGCAGCAGCAGCAGCAGCAGCAACAACAACAACACCAGCGGCGGCAGCAAUAACAACAACAGCAACAGCAACAACAACAGCAACAACAACAACAGCAGCAGCAGCAGCAGCAGCAGCAGCAACAGCAGCAGCGGGGCUGCUGCCCCAGUGCAUGCGUGGACUGCUGGGGCUUUGGGCGGUUUUGAAAAAUGGCUCGCGGAGGCUUUGGGGUGUCUGCGCAGACACCGCAUUGUGGUCGAGGCGGUGGUGGAGAUUUUCGUUAGAGACCCUCUGGGCUGCUGCAGCAGCGCUGCAGGGCGAAAGGCUGCAGUGUGGGGCGAUCCCGGGAUCGUCUCCCAGGACCGUGGGAUCGUCUCGCACUCCCCUGGGAUCGCCUGUCCUCCAGAGGCUGGCACUGUGCCCUUUGGGGGGCCCCCCGAGUCCCUCUUGACAGCCACUCUGCAACUGCAGCCAACCCUCAAAAGGGCCCCCCAAGGGGGUCCCCCAGGGGGCCCCUCAGGGGUCACCCUAAGGGUUCCUCCAGGGGGCCCCCCAGGGGGCUCUUCAAGGGGGGCGCCGGGGGGCCUUCCAGGGGGGCCCCCCAGGGGGCCCCCUGGGGGGCCCCCAGGGCCCACUGGGGGCCCCUUGGGGGCCCCCAAAGCUGCUGUCCGGGGAGCAGACGGGCGGGGAGACAGCAGGGGCCCCACAGCGCAACGGGGUCGGCAAAUAAUGGCAAUUCUAAGAAGGAAGUUGCAGGGAGAACAUCCAUCUCUUAUUCUUCUUGAUCUUCUCAAGUCAAGUUCCCAGGUACGAUCCCGAUCCCCACGUUCCCGAUCCCCACGAUCCCGCUCCCCACAAUCCCGCGCAUGCGCACUAAGGGGGGCCCCCAAAGCCCUCCUACAGGCCUUUAGAAGGCCUCUUAAGGCCCCUCAAGAACCCUUAAAAAACCCAUUAAGAACCCCGUUAGAAAACGAAUUAAGAACCUCUUCAAGGAAAGUCUUAAGGGGCCCUUUGGGGGCCCCCUGGGGGGCCCCCAAAGGGCCCCUUAUUUGGCCCCGUGUGAACCCUUCAAAAGGUCCCCUCAAAAACCACUAA